CAGCGCCGGCUGAGAAGAGUAUUGAUCGGGUGCUGGUGCUCAUCUGCUCUCACCAACCCGAGAGGAGAGUUUGCAAACAGUGCUGCGAGCAGCGUGAAAGUCGUCAGCCCUGAGCAAGGUCACACCCUGUCGUCCGAUGGAAGGUUACUGGAAGACGCGGGCGCAGCGGGAAAGCCCGUUUUUGGCCUGACUCUUGCGCAUUUGGCCAGCCGCGGAAGAUGGCCGCGAAAGGGCGGCUAUUUUUAGUCAGCCCGUCGUCGCCUCCGCCGCCGCAUCUGUGAGCGCGAUUGCCGCUGGACCGGCUCAAUCUGCAGCUGAACAAAUAAAGCGUUAAUUUCGCGAAAAGCAAAAAGCUCAAACAAACAGUUAAAAUGUCUCGAGGAAACAUUCAUUAUGUUGGGUCGGGCCUAUUGAUAGUAGGCGGGUGCGUUUCAGCCACCAUGAUGCUCGGCCGGAAGCAGAGUCUCCGCGGAGACGGCGGCUUUGCUGACUACGGCCCAGAUGAGGCGCAGGGCGAGAGCACCGAAACCGAGUGGGUCAACAAGCUAUGGGUGCGUCGGCUGAUGCGUUUCUGCGCGCUGGUCUCGCUCUUCUCGGUGGCGGCGAACACGCCGAAGACGUUCGAGCGGCACCCGAGUCUGCAGUACGUGACGUUCUGCUGCGACGCGCUGGCCACGGCCCUCUUCACCGCCGAGAUGGUGGCCAAGAUGCAAAUCCGCGGCAUUCUAAAGGUCCGCGCACGUAACCGGGGUCGCGGGGUUGCCCCACCCACUUGUACCUCUCUAUUAGCGCCGAGGCUGCUUGGAAACAACCCCGUUGUGCGACCACCUUUACUCGCAGCAAGGGGCGAGACCCCGUACCUGAAAGACCACUGGUGCCAGUUCGACGCCACCAUGGUCCUCUUCCACUGGGUCUCCGUCGUGCUGCAGACCUGCGAGAUCUUGGGUGUCGUCGCCAGGUACAGCUACCUGAGCAUCCUCAGGGCCCCGAGGCCACUCAUCAUGAUCAGGUUCAUCAGGGUCUUCCUGAAGUUCUCCAUGCCCAAAUCCAGGAUCAACCAGAUUUUCAAGCGAUCGAGCCAACAGAUCUACAAUGUGACCCUGUUCUUCCUUUUCUUCAUGUCCUUGUACGGACUUCUAGGCGUCCAGUUUUUCGGUGAACUCAAGAACCAUUGCGUUCUCAACGACACUGACCCAGAUUACAUCACGAUCAAUUCCCUGGCAAUCCCUGACACGUUCUGCUCAAAGGACCCUGACUCAGGAUACCAGUGCCCUCCCAACAUGAAGUGCAUGAAGCUGGGCCUCUCCAAAUACACGAUGGGUUUCAACGGUUUCGACGAAUUUGCCACCUCGAUUUUCACGGUGUACCAAGCCGCGUCACAGGAAGGAUGGGUAUUCAUCAUGUACCGCGCGAUCGAUUCGCUGCCCGGCUGGCGCGCCGUCUUCUACUUCAGCACCAUGAUCUUCUUCCUCGCGUGGCUGGUCAAGAACGUUUUCAUAGCUGUCAUCACUGAGACCUUCAACGAAAUCAGGGUGCAGUUCCAGCAAAUGUGGGGCGCCCGGGUGCAGAUCAGCAGCAGCGAGGCGUCACAUGUGCUGACUGGAGACGAUAGUGGUUGGCGGCUGGUGAAGGUGGGCGAGAGUCGGCAGCACGGCUUGGCGCCGGACUGCUGCCAGGCAGUGCUCAGGUCGGCGUGGUUCCGACUGCUGGUCAUGUGCGUGAUCCUUGCCAACGGCGUUGUCACCGCCAGCAUGAACUUCAAGCACGACGGCCGGCCCAGGCAUGUGUUCUACGAGCGCUACUACUACAUCGAGGUGUGUUUCACGGUGUUGCUCGACCUGGAAACGCUUUUCAAAAUCUGGUGCCUCGGCUGGAAGGGCUACUGGCGCCACUCGUACCACAAGUUCGAGCUUCUCCUCGCAAUCGGCACCUCCCUCCACAUCAUUCCGCAGCUCUACCUGUCCGUCCUCACCUACUUUCAGGUUUUGCGAGUGGUCAGACUGAUUAAGGCCUCUCCGAUGCUGGAGGACUUUGUCUACAAAAUUUUCGGUCCAGGCAAAAAAUUGGGCAGUCUGAUGAUUUUCACAAUGUGCCUGCUUAUCAUUUCCUCCUCCAUCUCCAUGCAGUUGUUUUGCUUCCUGUGUGAUUUCACCAAAUUCGAGACUUUCCCUGAGGCCUUUAUGUCCAUGUUUCAAAUCCUGACGCAAGAGGCGUGGGUCGAGGUGAUGGACGAGACGAUGCUGCGAACAAGAGAGACGCUGGCUCCCCUCGUAGCGAUUUACUUUAUCCUGUACCAUCUGUUCGUGACACUGAUCGUGCUCAGCUUGUUCGUCGCCGUCAUCUUGGACAACUUGGAACUGGACGAGGACAUUAAAAAACUGAAGCAGCUUAAAUUCCGCGAGCAGAGCGCCGAGAUCAAAGAGACGCUGCCUUUUAGGCUUCGCAUUUUUGAGCAUUUCCCCGACUCGCCAAAAAUGUCUACGUUGCACAAACUGCCUUCCGACUACAUUUUGCCAAAGGUCAGAGACAGUUUUAUGCGUCAGUUUGUCAUCGACAGUGGUCUCUACGGAGGCGAGGCGGACGAAGACGAGGAGGUUGCAGACGUCACCGGCAAGAAACGAUUCGAGACCUUUGACUCAAAAAUUGUCUACCGCAAAGGCAGACCAGUGAACACGCUAUGCUCCACGGAAAAAGUCAGAAGUAUCAGCUCUGAUUUGCGUAAAGCGGCCAUUCAGUACAUUAUCAACGACUCGAACAAUCAGCGCCUCAUGCUUGGUGACUCGGCCGUGAUUCCCAUUCCGGGAAAGACAACCUUGAAGCCGCAGGGAACCAUCAGCAGUGCCAAGCAACUGCGGAUCGAUCAAAAAAAGUCUUUGCGGCGUAGCGUUCGCAGUGGCUCCAUCAAGCUGAAGCAAACGUACGAGCACCUACUCGAGAACGGCGACAUCGGCGGCAUGAACCGCGUUUCUUCGUCCCGACGGCCGCAGGACCUAGACAUCAAGCUGCUGCAGGCCAAGAGGCAGCAGGCCGAGAUGCGCAGGAACCAGCGCGAGGAGGACCUGAGGGAGAACCACCCCUUGUUCGACACCCCCCUCUUCAUCGUGCCCAGGGAGAGCAGGUUCAGGAGGAUCUGCCAAACGAUCGUGCACGCCAGGUACGACGCCAGGGUGAAAGACCCACUCACCGGGAAAGACAGGAAAAUGAACUACAAAAGACUUCAUAACUUCCUCGGCCUUGUGACGUACUUGGAUUGGGCUAUGAUUUUCGUUACGACUCUCUCGUGCGUCUCGAUGAUGUUUGAAACUCCGAAAUUCAGGGUGCAAGAGACGCUGGCCCUUCAAAUCGCUGACUAUGUGUUCGUGGUUUCCAUGAGUUUGGAACUCGCCCUCAAGGUUCUAGCCGACGGACUCUUCUUCACGCCUAAAGCCUACGUCAAGGACUGCGCCACCGUGCUUGAUAUUUUUAUCUAUGUGGUGAGCUUGGUAUUCCUAUCAUGGAUGCCGCGAAACGUGCCUCCUCAUUCUACCGCGCAGCUGCUUAUGAUCCUGCGUUGUCUGCGGCCCCUACGAAUAUUCACACUAGUGCCGCACAUGCGUAAGGUGGUCUACGAGUUGUGCCGCGGCUUCAAGGAAAUCCUGCUGGUAUCCAUCCUGCUGAUCGUGUUGAUGUUCGUCUUCGCCAGCUAUGGCGUCCAGCUCUUCGGUGGAAGGCUGGCCAGGUGCAACGACCCCAGCAUUGAGCACAGAGAGGACUGCGUUGGUGUUUUCCUCCGCAGGGUCUUCGUCACGAAAAUGAAGCUUGGACCGGGCGAGAACGAAACCUACCCUUCCAUGCUAGUACCAAGAGUUUGGGCAAAUCCACGUCGCUUCAAUUUUGAUCAGAUCGGCGAUGCCAUGCUUGCUCUUUUUGAGGUGCUCUCCUUCAAAGGUUGGCUAGACGUUCGCGACGUUUUGAUUAAAGCCCUGGGACCGAUCCACGCAAUCUACAUCCACAUUUACAUUUUCCUCGGCUGCAUGAUCGGUCUGACCCUUUUCGUGGGCGUCGUCAUCGCAAACUAUUCGGAAAACAAAGGCACCGCUCUCCUAACUGUCGACCAGAGAAGAUGGUGCGAUUUGAAAAAGAGAUUGAAAAUCGCGCAACCGCUGCACUUGCCACCCCGGCCGGACAGAAAAAAGUUUCGCGCCUUCAUUUACGACAUCACGCAGAAUCUGUACUUCAAAAGAUUCAUCGCCGGAAUGGUUUUGCUAAACAGCAGUCUCCUCUGCGUUUCGUGGAAGCAGGAAGAGCGGCACACGGGCCCGCUGGCAAUGGUGUCGACCGUGCUCACUCUCAUCUUUGUGGUGGAGGUGCUGAUGAAGAUAAUAGCCUUCACCCCGCACGGCUACUGGCAGUCCAGGCGCAAUCGCUACGACCUCUUUGUAACCGUCAUGGGCGUCCUCUGGAUCGUCCUCAACUCCUGGCUCAGGAACGACGUCAGCUAUAGUUUCGGCUUUAUGGUGGUGAUUCUCCGCUUCUUCACAAUUACCGGCAAACACGCUACCCUGAAAAUGCUGAUGCUGACGGUAGGCGUGUCAGUCUACAAGUCCUUCUUCAUCAUUUUCGGCAUGUUCCUUCUCGUCUUCUUCUACGCACUCGCUGGCACUAUCCUCUUCGGCACAGUCAAGUACGGCGAGGCCAUUGGACGGCGAGCGAACUUUGAGAGUCCGGUGACGGGUGUGGCUAUGCUGUUUCGUAUCGUGACGGGCGAGGACUGGAAUAAGAUCAUGCAUGACUGCAUGGUGCAGCCACCGUACUGCACUUUAGCCGAGAAUUACUGGCAAACUGACUGCGGAAACUUCACUGCCUCGCUCAUAUAUUUCUGCUCCUUUUACGUCAUCAUCACCUACAUCAUGCUCAACCUACUUGUGGCUAUUAUCAUGGAGAACUUUUCGCUGUUCUACUCGAACGAAGAGGACGCCUUGCUGUCGUACGCCGACAUCCGAAACUUCCAGAACACGUGGAACAUCGUGGACAUCCACCAGCGGGGGCUCAUUCCCGUCAAAAGGGUCAAGUUCAUUCUGCGGCUGCUCAAGGGCAGACUGGAGGUUGACCCGCAGAAGGACAGACUGCUCUUCAAGCACAUGUGCUACGAGCUGGACCGGCUACACAAUGGCGAGGACGUUACCUUCCACGAUGUCCUUAACAUGCUGUCGUAUCGAUCGGUGGACAUUAGGAAGGCACUUCAGCUGGAGGAGCUGCUAGCGCGAGAGGAAUUCGAGUACAUCGUCGAAGAGGAAGUGGCCAAACAAACGAUUCGCACGUGGCUCGAGGGCUGCCUCAAGAAAAUGCGAUCGGUGAACAAGAACCAGCCCAACUUGCUAAGCGGUCUGAGGGCGACCAAUCGACCAACCGAGGCCGAGAGCCAGGAGGAGAAAAGCACCGACAACACCACGGACGCCGACGCGGAACCUCCUACCAGGCAGGAGGGGCACGAGCGCCAUCGAAAAAAAGGCACCGUCAUUCCAAGGUCCGAUUCAGUGGGAUCGGCGUCGGGCAGGAAGUACCUCGCGCCUACCCUUUCAGAUCCUGCCUCUCGAGCCGAGAAAAUUGAAGCGAGGAAUACUGCAUCUUUAAAGAAAAAGUCCAUCAGGUCAACCGCAAACACAAGCAAAGCGGCAAGCAUGGAGACGUCAAGCAGCGGCGGCCACGCACCCAGCUCGACUUCGAGCAGCAACAAGGCUGAUGCUGCUGCCUUCAACAAAGCCAGCAUGCCCAGGAUCAGCAACGCUGUGCAAGAGGUGCGUGACUGGUGGACCGAGCAGGUUGCCUACGACAGCGGCGACGAGGAUGCCCAGUAAACCCAUGGACUGUGUUGUGGAUGGACUAGAUUUACUAUUUUUGGAUGUACAUGAGCACGUCGUUUAUGCGUGAGAGACAGAAAAACUAGAUCAAAAGUCAGCUGUGUUGCAUAUUUCAGACGAAUAUAUUAGCUGUUGAGAUACACACCCGUUCAAUGAAUGUUUAUAUUUAUGAAAAACAGCAAAAA